CUUAUUACAUCGACCUUAAUCGCAUUUAAGGUCAGUAUUACUCCAGUCCGUGUCUUCAAACAUUCCAUUUUCAUCAUGACAUUGGAAGUCCAUCUCGUCCGCCACGCGGAAUCAACCCACAAUAUUUCCAAAGACUUCUCUCAACCUGACCCCGAGUUGACCGCUCUUGGAAUUCGGCAGGCCCAGCAGCUUAUCCGGUUAUUUCCUGACGCCCCCAGGGUGGGUGCAAUCAUCACCUCUCCACUAAAACGUGCCAUCCAAACCACCCUUGCUGGCUUUUCGCACAUCCUUGAUAAACGCUAUUUCGAUCCCGAAUCUGGGCAAGGCAUAGAAAACGGUGCAACUCUCAUCCUGGACCCAGAUUUGCAAGAGAGGAGUGCGCUUCCCUGUGAUACUGGAUCGGGAUCGGAAGAGCUGGGAAAAGCUUUCCCGAAGCUGGGUGCAAACAAAUUGGUUGACGGCUGGCAAGUGAAAGAGGGCUUGUAUUCUCCAGCCGAUGAGGCGGUAAAAGAGCGGGCGAGAAGGGCGACAUCUCGAAUUUUGGCAGUUAGCGAAGGUCUGAAAGAUCAACGGCGUACCCAUAUUGUGGUUGUGACACAUGGCGUUUUCAUGAAAUUCUUGUCAGGAGACCCAGAGAUUGAUCUCCCGAAAGCAGACUGGAAGAGCUAUAGUAUUGGGUAUCACCAGUCCGAUAUUGCUUUGAUGCCACUCUAGCGAUCAUUUGAUUGCCCAAUGGUGGUGAUCGGGCCACGUUGAUAUCCUUCAGCUGUGAAUAGGAGAACUGAUUGUAGCCCCAGAUACAACGUUAGGUCAA